GGAACUUCCGAGACCGUCGCAUACCGGUACUUGUACAGUACUACUCACACUCACACCACACUCUGCGCGACGACCAAGCGAUCAAUAUGGGCAUCUUCCUCAGUCCCUUCGGGCUCCACCCUCGGGAGAAAGAGAUAAUUUCAGAUGUGGUCGUACCAAUAUCUUCCGCGCCGCGCUACGUGCCCGCAAAGCGCCCGUCUCGAGUCUCCUCCCCCCUCGAGUUCCCCCUCAUUGCUGAUACCCUAGAAUAUAACAUUGAAACCCUCCGCGCCGCGAUCGCCCCCCCCGCAGGAACCGCACACAUGGACAGCACGCCCUACACGCGCAAAUCCCGUGUCAUAAAUCUUGCGAUUCAGGACAUUGGAAUGGGGCCGUAUACAUGGCAUCUCUUUGCGCUCUGCGGCUUCGGCUGGUUCGCGGAUAAUAUGUGGCUGCAGGGACUAGCGCUGAUAUUAACCAGCAUACAGCGGGAAUUCGGCAUUGAGGAUAGUCGGAUUGGGUAUACCACCUGCGCACUCUUUGCAGGGUUAUGCUGUGGAGCUGUGGGGUGGGGUGUCUUUAGUGAUAUCUGGGGCAGGAAGGUUGCUUUCAAUUCCACUCUGGCUAUAGCCGCAAUCUUCGGACUUGCGGUCGGCGGUGCGGGUUCUUGGGCUACCACCGCCGUGCUUUUCACUUGUAUCGGAACCGGAGUUGGUGGGAAUCUGCCUGUCGAUGGAGCGCUCUUUCUGGAGUUUUUACCAGAAAGGAACGGGAACCUGUUGGCGGGGCUGUCGAUUUGGUGGCCUUUCGGACAGCUUGUUGGUUCUCUGGUGGCGUGGGGACUCCUGCCAAAGUAUAGCUGCACGGCGGAGGUUGCGGAUGCGGGGCACUGCAAGAAGGAGGAUAACAUGGGGUGGAGGUAUCUGAUGAUUACCUUGGGGAGCUUGACGACGGUUAUGUUCAUAGCAAGAUUUUUCACCUUCCACCUCUACGAAUCGCCGAAGUUUUAUAUCUCCCGCGGGAGGGAUGAAGAAGCGGUAGCUGUUGUGCACGGGAUUGCCCACAGGAACAAGACAAAGACCUGGCUAACUUUGGAACUCCUCCGGGAGUUAUCCCGAGCCGACAAUGAUCCCGAUGAAAUUGAGAAUCAUUCCUCUCUCACUGCCUCUCCCUCCGCGAUGAGGGAAACCCCAAAGCUGUCAGCAAUGCAACUCGUAAAGCUUAAAACGGAGAGAUUCACCCUCAAACGGAUCCACCCACUCUUCGAAGAUAGGAAACUGGGCUUGACCACGGUGCUUGUGUGGUUCUGCUGGGCGACCAUAGGAAUGGGGUAUCCGCUGUUCAAUGCCUUCUUGCCGAUUUACUUGACGAAGAACGGGGCUGGAGGGGUAAAGCCAAAUAGUAUAGUGUACCGCAACUACGCAAUAACAAGCAUGGCCGGAGUCCCCGGUUCCCUCGUUGCGAUGUACACAAUCGACACCCCCUACCUCGGCCGAAAACGCACCCUUAGCAUCUCCACCCUCCUCUCUGGCAUCUUCCUCUUCCUCUUCACCAUCUCCGCGGAGGACACCUAUCAGCUAACCUUCGCCUGCCUGGAAGCCUUCUUUCAGAACAUCAUGUACGGCACCCUCUACACCUUUACCCCCGAGCUCUUCCCGGCGCCCGUGCGUGGUACGGGUGUCGGACUGGCCAGUUUCAUCAAUAGGAUCGCAGGGCUGUGCGGUCCCAUCAUCGCUGCUAAUACUAUUGGCCGCAAUCCUAAUGUACCAGUUUAUGUUGCGGGAGGAUUGAUAUUGGCUGCUGGAGUGGCGGUUUUGGGGGUGCCGGUUGAGACGAGAGGAAGGGAGAAGUUGUGAUCCUGGAAGGGGAGGGGAGGAUGAAAUUGCUGAGUGCUUGCUGAAUUAAUUCUCACAUUUCGAAUUUCUUUAUAAUCGGUUUCCCAAUGCGUUAUCAUACCAGGAGGACUUAAACAGUCCAAGUUAAGAAAACAUAAAGCUUUGAUUGGGGGGGGAAACCCAACUUCUUGCGUGGUUGGAUGGACAGGGGGUUUCCAUCCUGUAACUAUUUCUCAUGUAUAUACCUACAUAUUUCACGGGGUGCCCGGGGAUGCUGGCUGUGUAGGAUAGAUAUUCGGAGUGAGUUAUGUAAUAAGUUAGUGUGUGCGAGGUGUUUGCCUAUCAUAUGUAGGUA